AUGGAUAAAGCUUAUUUCAGAGAAAUGACACUUUGUGUCUUAACUCCUGAAUAUUUGGACUGGUAUGCUAAAUUGGUUGAAGUACCAAGUUCUUUGACUGAUAAAAUUCGUUUGAUCUUAUAUAGAGCAUAUACGGAAGAGACUGGGCUCGAUCCCUGGAUAAACUCUGAAACUUCUGAAUCCUUACAUAGCGAAAAGGAUACUGAGGAGAAAGCUUUAUUUGUACCGCAAGUAAAUGUUCAAUCUACGCUAUCUAAACGACAAUUCCCAAUUUCUGUUCUAUCUAAAGAUCCGGAAGAAAUGCAACAACAUGUUAUUGGAAUG